UUUGCAGGUAUCCCAGUGAAUAUGAUGAACGUCAAGGGGCUUGCUGAUCUGAAGAAGAAAAAACCCUCCAAGGCCCCGAGGGGGACGGACGCUGGUGUCCCAAAACCCGCCGGUGACUUCUUCAAGAAGCCGGAGGGGCCAUCGGCGGCCCCAAGUGCUGAUGCGGCUGCCGCCGCCAAGAGGAAAGGCACGGGCAAAGCUCCCGAGGGCAAGAAGCCCAAGACCGGGGAUGCCGGGAAGAAAGUCCCCCCGGUGGUCAUUGUUGAUGAUUGCCCCGCCUCCGGGGUGCACGAGGAGAUGCCGGUGGCGAAAGUGUCGGGGGGUGUCCGGGAGCCAUCUUCCGAGGUCCUUACGGUCUCCCUCCCGGCUGGUACGGCCGUGAUGAAUGGCACAGCUGACCCGAGGGCGCUUCUGAGAGGUAUAACCCUCGAUAUUGACAGGGCAGCCUUCGGGGCUGAUGAUGACCAAGCCCUCGAGGACAGGAUCCUCCGGUCUUCCCUCACGACCUGCAUUGCCCUCGGAGAGCAGGCCCGGCGGCUAGAAAAGUGGCGCCUUCGCAAGGCCGAGCAAGACGCCAAGAUGCGGGAGCUCGUCCACCAGAAUUACGAUGCCGUCCGGCACAUGGCUAUGCUGGAGGAGAGCCUUCGGUAGAUGACCCUGCGGGCGGAGGCCGCAAAUCGGGGCAGGGCGGAGGCUGAGAGGUCCGCAGCUGAGGCCCUGGAGAGAGCUGCCAGGGAGGCCGAGGCCGCCAAGAUGGAGGCCGAGACCGCGAAGGUGGAGGCAGUCGAGAGAGCCCGAGGGGAUGCCAUCUCGGGGUUCCUGGCAGGGGGGGUGGCGGUCUGAGGAGCACAAGCAAUGGCUGUCCUCGGUCGACGAGUCCUCGGUCGACGAGUGGUGCGAUGGGCCCGGUGUGGAGUGGGUUUCCCGAAAGGGUAAACAAUAUUAUGAUGGGGGCGAGUUUUUCACCCAAGCCCUCAUGUACCGGAGGAUGGCUCGCCACUUGAAGAUUGAGCCAAAGGACUUCGACCCGGCGGCAUACGGGCAUCCCCCCUGCAGCCAGACGUCCGCGUUCCUCCCUCCUCCGAUGUCGAGAGGCCAGACCUAGAGGAUACAGAGCUCAUGAAGGAAGCCGAAGGUGACGAACCUGAGGACGACACAGAGGUCACUUCGAAGCCUGCGGAGGGGAUGGCCCCCAUGAAUGUUAAUCUGUAAUUUCUUAAUUUAACACGUUUUGAACAAUCCCUCUGUAAUGAAUGUUUGAAUGCCCUCGGCCUUCGGCCAUACAUUGUAACAUAUACAUUGGAAUCCCUUCUUUUUGAUGAAUGAAUGAUUGCCUUCGGGCUUUGUAUAUAUGGCUUGUUUUCUUUAAUUCAUUUCUUCUUGAAUGUAU